AUGGCAAUUACCUGGCAUUUGGUUCGAUCACGAGUAUGUUUAUCUCCAUUAUCUCGUCCAAAAUUGGGAAAACAAAGUUUUUAGGAAGCGCACGAAAGGUGCAACAAGCUGCUCUCCCAAUUCGACGAACUUGUGGAAAAAACUAAAGGACAUGUACGUAAAUAUGCAGUCAUAGAGAAUGUUUCAAGUGUCGCUGUUUUUCCAGAUGAGUCGCUGGUCGAAAGGCCAGACCAUUUUCCUGGAAACUUUGCUGGCGGUCAGGAGGGUUCAAAUGGAAAAGAUGAUUGCGGAAUCGCAAGGACUGGAAGGUGACGCGAAACACAUUGUGAGUGAAAAAGAGGGCAGUGGUGAGGGAGCGAGUGAAUGCAAUUUCCGUUAGAAUCUACCAGUUUUUAUACUAAUUUGGGUAAUCUUAUUUCACGCACUAGUGAACAUCCAAAUAGCUCAAAAACCGCUAUGAACAGAACAGAUCGUAGUUCAAGUUGUCGCUUUGCGACCUUUGGAAAGCGUACGUGGUAAUAGGAGACGAGUAAGACAUACACAUAAACACGAAGGGUUCCCUGGUCCUUUAAAGGAUUAAUGAGAAUAGUGCGCAGUCCAUUUUGUGGCUGAGUUCUAGAAAAAUCCUUGACCAUGUGAACUUUUCCAAAUUUCUGUUUCCGGCACUACGCAUUGUCAAACAUCCACACAAGUUAAGCAUAGUGCAAGUGGUUUAAAUAAAUAGGAGGGAAGAGCUCUGACGCCUGAAUCCCCUAGUCCACGGCAGCAAUUUUGACCGCUGCGCGCUGUUCACAUGCCAUUCUUAGAGUUUGGAAAUAGAUAGUGUGUAGAGAAAUAGGUCCUAGUCAUUUGAUUGAGCUGACUAGGCUCCAGGUUAAACCUUCAGGCAAGCUGGCCUUUUGGGUUGUGACAUACGCAAAUAAGUUCAAAAUUUUCGUUCAAAGAAAAAAGCAAGAGAGGGAAUUUGGCUUUCCAGUUCAAAAAGCAAUAUGAUACAUUGUGCAAGGGGUUGCGAACUCGGAAACGGAAACGUUUUUUCAACGGGAUCAAUAAACUUGUCCUUUUUCAGAUCAUCCGCAAAUACAUGGUCAAUACAAUCCACCUCACCACCGCUCUGAUCAACUUCGUCACGGCAAUUGAUGACCGCAUCCGCAGUGUCUCCUAA